AUGAGUGGGAAUGUUAGUGUGUGCGUGAAUGUGCGCGAUUGUGUCAGUGUUAUUACGAGUGUGACUAAGAAUGUGAGCUCGAUUGUGACUGUGAAAUCAGCAUACACCCAGGGCCAUUUCCUCUGCUACUCCUGCAGCAAGGUCUUCCCACUACAUCGCAUGCUGACCCGCCAUUUGAAAUGCCACAGCACUGUGAAGAAGCACGUCUGCAGGUUCUGCGGAAAAGGCUUCAACGACACGUUCGAUCUGAAGAGGCACAUGCGAACACACACAGGCAUUCGGCCCUACAAGUGUGACCUGUGCGAGAAGGCAUUCACACAACGAUGCUCCUUGGAAUCUCAUCUGAAGAAGAUUCACAGCAUACACCAGAACUAUGCCUACCGGGAACGGCGUUCCAAGAUUUUCGUAUGUGAGGACUGCGGUUUUACAUCUAAUCGAGGGGACACGUACUUCCUGCACAUCAGGGACCAUCACCCAACCAGCCCUUUACUACGCAAGUAUCUGUGCAAGCAAAACACAUCACUUCAAAACAGAUUAGACAGGCUACUCUUUCCACAUUUUGUCUAG